AUGAGUUCAUACACCGGAACCACCGGUGAGGGCAGCACCAACCCUUCCUCUGCCUCAUGCCAAGCAACCACCCUCUCAACAAACCAACCACCAAACCAAGGCAAGAACACCAACACCAUCAAAAUAGAGAAGACCGAACAAAAUGGCAAGAAACGGAAGCGCGGUAAGCGAGACAGGCUUCCCUCGGACAACCCGACGUCGGCAGACAACAAACCACGGCGGGAGCGCGCCAAUUUCAACGCUGCACAGAUCGACGCGUUGGAGAGGCUCUUUCACGGCCAGAAGUACCCGGAUGGUGACUUGCGAGCAAAGAUUGCGUCACGACUUGACAUGAACGAAGAACGAGUUCAGAUCUGGUUUCAGAAUCGACGAGCAAAACACAAGCGUAGCCAGCGUGAAGGCGGUUCGGUUCCCCCGUCGAGCGAGCUUUCUCCCGGCCUAGCAUUCGAGUUGCAGCCCCCAUCCUCCGUCGAUGAAUACAUACCGCCUCAGCUGGACGAAGAAAUGCUCGGCCCUGGGCCGUGCACGGUGCAGGUGCUACCCCAUCAGGUCACGGCAGCUGCUCCUCAAACCACUGAUCAAAUCCCCGGAGUUCUUCAAAAGUGCACAGUGAAUGGUGGUCCAGACCUAACGUUCUCCAGAGACAAUUAUUUUGGACCUCCUCCUGACCAGUCGAAUGGUACCAACCAUUCUAAGUCAGAGUGGUCUAUGGCUGGUAACCGCGAUCUCGAAAUGUUCAGCCCACUGUCUGUAGAUGGGAUGCUUUGUAACGCCAACAAUAUUCACAGUCAAAGCGUGGGAAAGUUUACCGGAUUCGAGCCAGUCGAGUUCCCGCCGUCCACGGUCAAUCACCACAUGAAUGAGACUGACGUGACUGGUCCGCCUGUUAAUACUAUGUGCCAUGUUGAUGAGGCUCCAUGGAACACUGCGAGUCACCAGAGAAGCGUUGUUCAGAUUAACGACAGUAAAACAAACUGUCUCCCUGUGCAACAGCAUUCGUUCACCAAGACGGUUCAUCAUCAGAACCCAUCGCAGCAUCACAGUGGGGAGACACCUUGCCGUAAGGACAACAAGUGUCUCACUUGCCGGGAGAAACCACCCCCGAAUCAGGUCUGCACGGCCUUACCGCCCGGUGAGCGAAACGAACUGGACGAAGCGCUGUACAGAUGUGCCGUGGGAUCUAUAUUCGGCAUCCGUUCACUGACGCCUCGACCGACUGCUGCUGCUGAGCCUCCCACUAGAACUGCAAACCCAUCAGCUGCGGAUACCCCAUCCAUCGUUGCAAUUUCAGUUGAUGCGACGAAGCUUGCUCAGUCAAAGGCCGCCAAGAAUUCCAAAGAGUCUUCGCUCUCAUCUCAAAGACGAAUGGCUUUGGCGAGGAAGCAGCGACAGCUGGAGGCCGGCUACCUUAGCUCAUCCAGUGACUCGUCAACAAGCGACGGCGAGGGAGAAACACUACGAAGACGACGCCGGAAAUGUGCCCGUACUGGUGACACCAACGGCUUGCCGCCAAACCGUGUCUGUACAGCCGUCCCAUUGCUGGAUAGAACUCUACCCCUUCCGUGCCUGACCAAGGACUUGGAUCUCGAUAGCUACCUUGAAGGGGAUAAAACAUUGGGUCAUGGGGGGGUGGUAGUACCUCCAGGUGGAUUCCCAUCGUGUAUGCCGAGCCCUCUCUCGCCAGACCGUCUGUCGUCUCCUGAACCACGCUCGUCGCCAUCGGAACCACCGGAAUUUUCUAGCUCUUCCAGCUCGAGUGACCUCUCGGAUUUUGAAUACAUUCCUCCUCCCCCUGCAACAUGUCGUAGUUUGCCGUCCACUGUUACGACGGCUUUUACUCCUGGAUAUGAAUUCAUAGGUAGGAACAAAGUUGAUGGAGAUUCGAAUUUGCAACGCGGCAGAGAAGGGAAGGCAACUUAUAUGGCUGCCAAUAAACAUAUUGUGAGCCAUAGUCUUCCAAAACAAGAUGGCGUUUCUACGGUACGCUGCAGGGUAGGACCACCACAAGCGGACUGUAUACAACCACCAUCCUGCUCGUAUGCAACCGGUGGUCGGGCAGCAGCGCUAGAAAGAACAAACUUUAACAGACAUGACGGCAUUUUAUCCUCCAUCCCGCCACCUUUUGCAAUGCAACUCAACCCCGCAACGCUAUCUUUAAGUGACAAUUCCAGCAAGCAAGUACACACCGGCAAUGGGGCGUCCUCAUCUGCUUGCGACGAGAAAAGGAAAAAACACAACUGCGAAAUUCUAACAGAGUCGAGGAUUGUUGGUGAAAUGUGUAGUAACUCGCCCGAUUCGCCGUGGUCUGAUUCCGGACUACACUCACCGUACUUCAACCACACGUCACCCCAGACUGAUCAGCUGUACCCAAGACUUCCGUCUGAUUCUCGCCCUCCUCCGUUCCACCCUCAUACCUCACACCCUCGUCAUGAAGCACCCUACGAGUCCCAACAAACAUUAGCAGUUCCGAAUGGCAUCAGCCCACAUGUGAAUCACAACGAUGUCGGCUUCACCGGGAUGACUUCCAAACAUCUCCAGUUUCAACGACACAACCAACCAAUCAACUCUCAACCCAUCAACUCUCAACCAAUCAACUCUCAACCAAUCGCGUGCCACUAUCCACCAAUGACGCAGCACUUUGGGACGCCAAUGUACAAUCCGCCAAUCAGCGUGCACCAAACAACCUACGGAGGAGGAAAUGGCGGGGAAAGUUACCGUGAACGUUUGCCAAUGAGAAGCUUGGAACGAGCACCAGUUGCAAUGGGUGUGCCAAUGACACAGAACGGAGCCCAGUUCACUCAGAAUGGUUACGGUUUAAACUGCCGUUCGCGGACUCAUAGCUACCCCAAUUUUCACCCCACACAUCCACCGCCAAACAGGUCGUGUAUAUCUGCAACUGACUCCAGACGUUAUAAUCCACAGCAGAAACCUGUAGGUGUAAUGGGACACAAUCAGCCCUUGCCUUUCAGUCGCAUGUUUAGUGAUACAUGCAAUUACUAAAAACUUGUUCAAAU